AUGAAACCAUUGGAAACAGAAAUUCGUCAUUCAUUCAGUCAUCAUAUCGGCAGGUUGUGCAAUCAAAAAUGGAAGAUAGUUGAUGAGAUUACAAAAUGGAGCAGUACACUUAUGUCGCAAAUUCAAGAGUAUGUUACUCAGCAAAGAAAACUUCUCGAAGAAGUAUAUGAAAAGAAAGUGUGUUAUCUUCACAUUAUACGUGAUCGUAUCGUUGAACAAGCUCUGAUAUAUGAGCAGAAACAAGAUAACGAACAAAUUAAUCAAUUGCUAAGUCAACUUAAUACUUUAAAAUUUGAAUUAGCUACACUAACUUAUAUUAAUCGUCCCAUUGCAACGAUACAAUUGGUAACAGAAGAACAAUUAAUACAACCAAAUGUAGAUGAACACAAUGAAUAUAAGACCGAAGAUGAACAAUCUCCAAAGAAAGAAUUCAAUGAUGACAAGAAAACUAUGAUCAAUAAUACUGAUGUGAAUGAAAACGGACCGCCAAAAGUAACAUCCACAAAUACAGAAUCAAUAAAGUGA